AUUUAUCUAAUAUUUUAAGUGAUAAAAUAAAAAUAAAUAAAUAAAUAAAAAAAGACACGAAUUAAAAUCUCAUGCAGUGUAUCGCACGGGACAGAGCACUAGUGUGUAUAUAUAUAUAUAGUUGGAGAUGAAAAUCAGUGGUACGCAUUCCCUGGACAGUGUGUGGAUGAUAGAGCUUCCUCUCUGCUCUCUCCUCUCAUCGUUUAACUACACCAUAACCUAUUUCCUUUCAUUGAUAAAAUAACUCAGUAAUGGUGGGGGAAAUGCUUGAUUAAUCCAACACGAACCAAAUUCUCUCUCUGUGUCUCUCCCUCUCUGAAAAUGGCAACAGCGGGAAGAUCCAUUGCGGUUACGAGCUUUCCGUCGUCUUCUAAUUUCAGCCGUAAAGCCAAACCCACUGCCGUACUGCCAAUGGCUUUGCAUCCUGUGGUUUAACGAGUGGUUUUAUACAUCAGAUGGUGAAUAAAUCAGUCAUUUUGCGCCUCAACGUUGCCUGCUUUGCUGUUCAAGAAACAUCUACAUCAGCAUCUACAGAAUUAGUUGCCGCUGAAACAGAGGAGAAAAAGGAAGCAAAGACUAAUGAAGAAUCAGCUCCUGCAAAGCCAAAGCCAAAGCCAAAGCCAAAGCCUGCAGCUAAAGCUCCUGCCAAGCCUCUCCCUCAGAUGAUGGAGGAGGAUGUUAUCCCUUCACUCAAAUCAAUUCUCGAAGCUCAAGAUGAUAUCUCUGAAAUCGAAUUGUCUUUCGAAGACAACAAGUUGGAAGGUUCAUUUUCUAAGAAGGGCAAUACAUAUUCAUUUUGGGCAUUCUUCCCCAAUGGAGUUCUCACGGGUCCAAAAGGUUUUUCUUUGUCCUCCUAUGGGUCAGAAGUGAGCACUGUAGAGCCGUUCCUCAUAGAUGAGAAGAGAAUCACAGCAAAACAUGUUGUCUUUUGGGUCGAGAAGCGUUUAGCAGCUCAAGGAAUAAUUCCUGUGUGGGAAUAAUAAUAACAAUCUAUGAUCAUCACAAUUUGUAUCAAUUUUUAUUGAUGAUAUAUACACAGUUGCUAACAUAAAUUUGCAUUCCCUCACAUUUUUUGUAUAACCAACAAAUUAUAAAUACUGCCCCUUCUACCAUGCUGCUCACUUCUACCAUGAGUUCAAUCCUAUAUGUUUCAC